GUACACUAAAAUUCUAAAAAUGGCGACAUUCAUUUUUUCCGGUUUAAAGCACUGCUGCUACAUAAAUACAUAAUUUUGUAAAAUAACAAAUAAAUAUAAACAUAGCAUGUUGUUAUAAUAUACAUUGUAAUGACAUACAGAUAAUAUUUUUGCAAUUAAAUAAUUUUUUAUAUUUUUUAACUAAACGUAGUAUGAUUGUUGUAUUUUAUUAUAAAUAAAAUAAAUAAAUAAAUAGCCGGUGUGUGUGUGUGUGUGUAAUUGUGUCUUGACAAAAUAAGGGCCGCUUCAACACCAAUUGUUGUUGGAUUAUAAUUUAUAUUGUACCUAUAUUAUUUACUCCGAACAGUGUCAUUGUAAUUGUCAAUAAUAAUUUCAAAUAUAUAAAUAUAUAUUGUUGAUUUAUUUAUAUAAUAAAUAAUGGCAAUGCUUGAAGAUUUUAAAUUAUCUGAAUUAUGCCGACUGUGUUCAGUCAAAGGUAAUCAUCAGACGCCAAUAUUUGACAAGGAAGCCGAGCAAAGGCAGUUGCUUUUUAAAAUACGUUCUUGUAUACCUUCUGGAGUAAGUUUUAUUUACUAUUUUUAUUUAUUUAUUUAUAACUUAAAAAUAUAUUAUAUACCUAAUAAUAAAAUAUUGCAGAUAAGCAAAGAUGAUGGAUUGCCUAAAAAUAUUUGUCAAAAUUGUCUCAACAAAUUGGAAUUUGUUCAUGAAUUUCGGAUGACUUGUUUGACCACCGAAUCACUCUUGAAAAAUUACUCUGAAACUCUAAAACAUAUGGCACAAUCACUCAGCAAUCAAGGUGAUAAAGACAAGAUGCCAAGCAACGGACAACAACAACAACAGCAGCAACAACAGCAACAACAACAACGUAUUUCAUAUGCUGAAAUUCAUGCAGUGGCACAUGCAUCAUUGCAACAACACAUGGCUCAACAAACAGCUCAGGCACGUUUAACUGGACCUGGUCCACCAACGUUAUCACAACAGCAACAACAACAACAACAACAACAACAGCAACAGCCACCAUCACAACUACCACCAAAUCCAACUUUUACAUUGCCUGAUGAUGGUCUUGGUUAUGAUGAUGGUGUCAGAGUUUUACGUUCUAUUGGCACAUGGUCUCCAGAUUAUGGACCAGGUAUGACACGUCCUGGUGGAGUAUUGUCAGUAUUUCCUGGUCAAAAUGAACAACAAUUUUUAAAUAAUCGUGUAUCAACAAUUAAUCAGCCACUUAGAACAACAAAUAAUACAAGUUCACGACCUGGCUCAGUAUCAAAAGCAACAAAUACUGGUGAACCAACAACAAAAGCAUUUGCAUGUACUGUUUGUGGUAAAGGAUUAGCUCGUAAAGAUAAACUUGUUAUUCACAUGAGAAUUCAUACAGGAGAAAAACCAUACUCGUGUGAAGUUUGUGGUAAAGCAUUUGCUAGAAGAGAUAAAUUAGUUAUUCAUAUGAACAAAUUAAGACACAGACCAGGUGUAACACCUUUAUCAACUCCAUCAGCACCAAUAACAGAUCAACAAUCACAACAAAAUCAGGUACAACAACAACAACAACAAUCACAACAAAAUCAAGUUCAAUCAAAUCAAAUACAACAGCAACAAGUUCAGCAACAACAACAGCAACAACAACAACAGCAGCAAGCUCAACAGCAUCAUCAUCAACAGCAGCAACAACAACAACAACAACAACAACAAUCAUCUCGUCAAGAUACAAUUCAUCUCAAGUUGAAAGAAGAACCAGUUAGUUGGUCUUGUGAAUUGUGUGGUCGAGUAUUGGCCACAAGAGAAGAAUGGUCAAAUCAUGCUAGAUCACAUUUAGAUGCAUCAGGACCACCACAGCAUGCUGCUCCAUAUUUUUCAGGUCCUUUACCACCUCAAUCAUAUUCAUCUGAAAAAUCAUUUUGCGGAGUUUGUCAAAGAACAUUUACUGAUCAAACUGAAUUUGCUUGUCAUUUACGUUCACAUUUAUCAGAACAACAACCACAAUUACAAUUACGAGGUGCAAUACAACAUGCUGUUGUUAAACAAGAUCCAGGUACAGCUGAUUUAAUUGCACGUGGAUUAGUUGAUCCCUCGGGUAUGUGUAGCUAAAAUUAUACAAAAACAACAACAUCAUCAUUC